GAUUAACAGCGUCUGUUUUAAUAGCGCGAAUUUCAGUUUGAUGUGAUGUUUCCGAUACGAGUAAUGUAGCACAGAUGUCUCAACAAAGUGGAUACUAUAAAAGUAAAAGUCAAGUCAAGAAUAGUUUUGACUUGAAGCCAAAAAGAUCUUACCAGAAAAUUCAGCGCAAAACGCACAGCGUUAAUAAUCCUCCUGGGAAAGGUCAGUUGAAAGAACAGACAAACAGCAAAGUUGACAAACAUCAUAAUGGAUAUCAACCCACACAAAAUAUUAAUCCAAUACAAAAAUCAGAAGAAAAUCUGGUUAAAGAUAAUAAAGUGUCAAAGAUUUUCUCAAGUGAAAGUUCGCCAGUUCCUGACGUGUCAUAUUUAAGGAAUUCUGUAUCAUUUAAUUCUCAGUCUAACCGAAACAUUCACUAUGCAUUUAAGGGAUCCUCUAAUGAGGUCAAAGUAAAUCAUUCAGGAGAAAACGGCUUUCAGUCCAAUCAUACAAAAACUAAUGUGCUUUCACUUAUCGAACGCAAGUUAGAUAUGGAAAAGCGUUUUGUUGAUGAUCAAAAUUAUAAGUUAAAAGAAAGUGGUGGCGUUUGCUUAGAUCAAUCAUUUACUACAGAAAUCCACCCUAUUGAGGAAUCAGACAAUGAUUAUUCUAGUGAUUUUAGUGACGAAUGUUCUUCUAUUUCAUCUAUCUUAUCGUCCAAGACCCAGGAACUACUUUCUGUGGACAGACCAAACAAUCAUAAAGAAAUGACCGGAAUUUGUGAGUCAGUUUUAACGACCCGGACUUCUGGUUUUACUAUGCCAGUUAAGGUAAUCGGCAGUACUAACGAUGAGAUGGACAUGAAGGUUAUAGACUUCGAACAGUCAAACAGACUACCAAGUCAUCAUUAUAUUUUUUCAAAUGUAAAGCGUAGAGCAAAAGACUUAUUGAAAUUGGUUUGUCUAUCUUUAAAUGAGUUUACCAAUGUAUUCGAGUUGAAACCAAUAGAUGGUUAUGGAUUUUAUAUACUACAUUCAAAUAAAUGUAAAAAUUGGAAUCAUUGUUAUGUUCAAACACAUGAUAAUGCAUUUCAUAGAGAAGUACAAACUGAACCAAUUGAUAUCUCUCAUGAUGUAUGGACUCAACAACCAUCCGAUGAGAAUGGCGAAUUUUGUGGAAGGGUUGGUAGCAAUAAUAAUUCUCAUAUAAAUGGUUCCUAUAAUUUAUCUUAUUCUAAUGAUUUCAAUCAUGUUUCAUCCAAGACAAUUCUACAUGAAUUAGCUAAAGAAUUUUGCCUGGGAGUUAACACUUAUAAUACUACUGUAAAUGAUGAAGUUGAGCAUGUUACUAAUACUUCCUCAAUAAACGAAUUCAAUACACCUGAAAAUUCCACCUCAAUGAUGAAUCCCAAUCAUCGAUUACCUGAUAGUCUAUUAGAAAAUCUUCAAUUAAUGUUGAAUUUAAUCAAUGAAGAAACUUUAGCAAAUUUGUCGUAUUUAUCCAAGGAGAGUAUCACAGAUCAAAAUGAUUUGCAGUCGACUGAAAAUGAUUUUGUAGAGAUAUUUUUUCAGUUGAAAGAUGACUGCUUUUCAGUAGAAUCGAAAUUUGACCGUAGUUAUAAUGACAUUCAAAAUAAGGAGUUGCAAAAUACGCCAUCUAAAAAUAACGUUACCACAGUUGAUGCAAAUGAAAUAAGUAAACUCCAAAGCUUCUCCUACUUUUGGGAAAAUUAUGAAUGUGUUGCGUGUGAUUGUGCACCACAAAACCAAACAGUAAUUUUAACCAUUCAUCGACCAGUUAGGCUUAAUCAAGAACAAGAAGAAAUAAAGAGUCUUUUUAAUUAUAGCAGAAGUGCUGGUGAAUUUAUAUGUAUAUGGACAGAAAUUGGUGUGAAACUAUUGCCUGACCGUCUACUUUAUUGUCCAGGCUUAUCAGAAACUGGUCUAAAAGGCGCCAAUUUAAAUUGUGCAGUAUUUAGUCCAGAUAAUGAUGCAAAUUUGGUAAUUGCUGGUCUACACGACGGAGGUCUGUCUAUUUGGGAUCAACACAAGUAUUCCAAUGAAAUACCUAUGAAAUCAACAAGUUUAUCGAUUUUAGAUGACGUUCAACAUCAGUCUGUUUCCACCGGACUCAAUGAAUUUUUAAACCUGCCUGUUUUGUUACCAACCUAUAAAACAUCACUUGUAGAAUAUAAAGAUUCCACAAAUACAUGCAAGCUUCAAUCAUUGGUCAACUGUGUGACUCAACAACAUAAUCACUUUAGUCCAAUUAUAUCUGUUAAAACUGCAGUCGGUGAUCAUCAUAGGUAUCGUGAACUAGUAGAUGAAUCAACUACAGAUAUAAAUAAAUUUCAAGUGCUUGCAUUAGACGAAAUUGGUAACAUUAGUUUAUGGCUAGUAUUGAUGAAUCAAAAGUAUAGAGUGCAAAAUACUAUAGAAAGCCUUGCAGGCUCACAAAUAGAUUACUGUUUAUCUCCCGGCACCAGUCGUUUACGUAUAAUUCGCUUACUGUUCAUCGAGUACAAAUCAAUACAGAUAAAUAUUCCGCCUUCAUUAACAGAAAAUAGUCUAAAAUUUCAAACAGAAAAAAAUAAUUGGAAUCUGUCAAAUCGGUUGAGUAAUAAAGUUAUAACCACUUGUUUAGCCAUAACGAAACAUGGAAAUUUCUUGAUUGGUUGUAGCAAUGGUCAAAUUAUACAUCGCGGACGUACACCUAAUCAAACAGUUUAUCCUAAACUAUUUUCACGAAUAUUAUGUUGUUCAGCUGUACAGACAGUAGAAACGCAUCCAAAUGCAGAAUUACAUAUAUUUAUUGCAGCUAAGAAUACUUAGUCGUCGAAUACAGUUGAAAUAAGUUGGAUAAAAGUUAGAAGCGGAAGUGGCUGGUGUUUUUCAGUGAAGGGAAUAUCAAAAGCGUACAUCAGCUUGGUAUGGGCUUUCUAACCAAACACUAUCGAUCGAGUUAGCACUUGUGGAGAACUUUCAUCGGUUUUUUUCAAACUUAAAACUAUGUUCGUCCAAGUUAUCCACUGUCCCUUUAUCAAUUCAAUUUCCUUAUGAAUCUCCUCCUAAAAUUCAAUCUUUCCUUACUUAUUUAUUCAGUGGUCUAUCUCCUAUUAGAUAAUCUACUCCCCGACUUGGAAUAUGUGGAUGGUAUAGUUCUGUUUGUUUGAGACCUCGAUACAAUAUUGAGUCUUCUGAUCAUCUUGAGAGACAAGGUAAACACGUUUCUUAUGCACAUACUUCUCCAUCUAAAUGCAAAUGUUUGUUCAGGGACUAGUUGGAAUCAAGAUUUGGACAGAGAGAUGGAGUUGGGCACGUCGAUCAUUUCACUUAUCUUAGAUGUUUCAUCCGUCUUGAUGGGUCAGGGUUUGAUGAAAUCUCAAUACGGAAUCAUCAAUCUCGACUGUGGCUCGCCAGCUUACGCCACUUAUGACAUAGAAGUAUAUGCGUUUCAAGCAAAUAGUGAGUAAAGCGCCCAGCGGUGCACUAUGUAUUAUUGCAUGGCUAUGAAACACGGUUUACGAAAGUACACAAAAAGUGUAGAAUACGUGUUGCUUGUCACAGAUGUCUCAGAAUGAUUGACCACGUGAAUGAGUAGUGCUUAGGUUAGGUGUAGGAUUCGUGGCAAAAGUGGCCAGUCAGUUGAUGAGGUUAUGAACCUUAAUUAACUGAAGUGGCUGGGACAGGUGUGACGUAUAUUUUAUCACCACCACCUGAUUGAACGUGUGCUGCUUGCUGGUGUAGAAAUGGGUUGGAGGGAAGCAAUGAGUUGUUUAAUCAAAAUGUGUCACCAUUGCAUGAAGUCAUUGAAUGUUGGUUGGCUGGAGUCAUGUUGGUGGAUGCAGACUACAUGUUUGUUAUCGGCAUGAUGACCGUGAUCAGUGGUUAUGGAGUUCGGAUGGAGUUGUUGAUAAUCAGUUAAAAUGACGCGAAUGAAUCCAUUCAUUAUUUUGAAUUGUAGUAUUUCUUCAUACCUACAUUUUCAUCUUUUUUUCACACCAUAUCCUCAAUGUCAAGUAUCUUCUAUAGUCAUUGAAAUGACUAUCUGUCCAGGUUCAUUUUAUGUUUUGAGACAUCUAUUCUUUAGAAAAAAUGUAUUAACAAUUAUGCCUAAAAUUUAUGCAGU